UAACUAAUAAUGUUGAUUGAAAACCAAACUACGGAUGACGAUGGAUGAUUUACAUAACACUACCUGGUAGAAUAGACUGCAAAUAUUUGUGAUCGAACAUUACAAUGUCAUAUGGGAAUUAGGGAUUUAAUUAAAAUUGCGCUGUUUUGUGAUAUUUUCUUUAUUUUUACAGGAGAUAAAUUGGAAAUCGCGGAAACAGCAUCAUAUUUCCCAUGUGAUAGAUACCUGCUCAUCUAGAUUAAACAAUUUACAAAUGAAUUUACAACGGUUUAUCAGAUGGAAUCGGAAUAAAUUGCAGGCAGCUGGAGAAAUUGAUUUUCCUGUGUAAAUAUUGUUGGAUAAAACUAAAUGGUUUAGAUAUAUAUGUAUAUACCUUGAUAUAGAAGCAACCGCACUUGUACAUUGUCGUUAUUUUGUAUAAAGUGUAAUUUUCUGUAACAUUUUUUCUGUGUGUUAUUAUUUUCAUCAUUUUUUUAUUCGUGUUUGUGUCAACAUAGAAUCAGAAUGAUGAUUACAGCUUGAAGCAAUAAAAACGGUUUAAUGUUACAAAUUCAAAGACUGUCAAGCGUGAAUGGCAAACCUUUUGUUUACCAUUCAGACUAAACACUUCAUUUUCAUUUUCAAAAAUACACCUGAUUAAAAUUUUGUGAUACUGAUUAAUUAGCGAUGUAUAGCUGAUGGCAACUUUAUAGAUGAGAUUUGAUUACUUGUACAAACACUCUGCCAUUAAGAUCCAAUGCUUUCAAAGAUACAGAGAAUCAUAAUCGAGAGUCUGGGAGUAGAGAAUGGUGUGACACAACACGGGCUCAUUGUUAACACAUUAAAAUGAACGGAUUUAAAUAAUUGCCAAGAUAAACUUGUCUAGUUUAUCUGGUAAAGAUCCAAGUGGAAUUAUAAAUUCUUGUGUGGAUUUAAUUGUCAAUAUUUUAACAAUGGAUAAUAUUGAUGAUGAAUCGAGGAGGUACUUUGCAUCAAAAACCGAAAUGAAAGGAAACUAUCGCACAAACACUAGAACUUCGCUUCUAGGAAAAGGAAUACCAAACACGUUAAGGGUCCAAGAAUAUGAAGAGUCCGAAUUUAACGAGAAUAGUUAUGGAAGUAGUGGAGAAACUAAACCAUGCCUGGAAAAGGAGAAUAAAAUUAAUUUUCCACUGUAUAGAAGGCAUCCAAAAACUUCCGUUCAAGCACAAGUGUAUAAUUUUCUGGAAAGACCGACGGGUUGGAAAUGUUUCAUAUAUCACUUUACAGUAUUCAUGAUGGUGCUAAUCUGCCUUAUCUUUAGUGUCUUAUCAACAAUUGGAGAUUACGAUGAUUUUGCCAUGGAAACGCUAUUUUGGAUGGAGAUAGUUUUAGUAUGUUUCUUUGGCUUAGAAUAUGUGAUACGGCUGUGGUCAGCAGGGUGUAGAAGUAAAUAUAUGGGAUUAAAAGGAAGAUUAAAAUUUGCCAGAAAACCAAUUUCUAUAAUAGAUUUAAUUGUAGUUAUAGCCUCUAUAGUAGUAUUUACAUUUGGGUCUGAAGGACAAGUGUUUGCCACAUCUGCAAUAAGGGGUGUACGAUUUUUACAAAUAUUGCGCAUGCUCCAUGUAGAUAGACAAGGAGGAACAUGGAGACUUCUAGGAUCAGUCAUUUAUUUACACAGACAGGAGCUAAUCACAACAUUGUAUAUAGGAUUUUUAGGCCUUAUAUUUUCCUCAUAUUUUGUUUAUCUCGCUGAACGAGACGAAAGUAGAGAUGAUUUUGCUAGUUAUGCAGAUGCCUUAUGGUGGGGAGUUAUAACAGUGAUGACAAUAGGUUAUGGAGAUAAAGUUCCUCAGACGUGGAUGGGUAAAAUUGUUGCCUCUUGUUUUGCUGUAUUCGCCAUAUCAUUUUUUGCCUUACCCGCGGGUAUAUUAGGUUCAGGAUUUGCCUUAAAGGUUCAACAGAAACAAAGACAAAAACAUUUUAAUCGACAAAUUCCAGCUGCAGCUACUUUAAUACAGUGUGUAUGGAGGUGCUAUGCUGCGGAUCCCUCUUUCAAAUCAGAUGCAACAUGGAACAUACAUAUACACGACGCAUCAAAUGAGCACAACAUGUUAGCAAGAAUGGCCAGACGAGCUAGCCUGACGUUACGAAAACGUCGUAUGUCAAGAUUAGAUUCCAUGUCCGUUCCCAACCAUUAUCAUAGAGAGAGUGUUUCUACGUCCCCAUAUGAGGAAAGGAUAGGUACACCAAAAGGUACGAGACGAGAGAGUAUGAGACCGUCACCCUAUGGUGGAAGUAUCAGUGAACAAUACGACGAUACAGACUACGAUAUGGAUGAAGCCGCUGAUCGAGUGGUUCAGAAACGCAAAAUGUCAAAGAGACCAACUACGUUAACUGAGGCACAUAAAGCAGCUAUACGAGUAAUCAGGAAAAUCAAAUAUUUUGUAGCAAGGAGAAAAUUUCAGCAAGCACGAAAACCAUAUGACGUCAGAGACGUCAUAGAACAGUAUUCUCAAGGACAUCUUAACAUGAUGGUUAGAAUCAAAGAACUUCAACGAAGAUUAGAUCAGACGUUAGGUAAGCCAGGGGUUCUUUAUUCCAAUGGAAAAGAUAGAGAAAGGGUUACUCUCAGUGCAAGAAUUGUUAGAAUGGAAAAUCAGAUGCAGAAGAUGGACACAAAGAUCGAUCAAGUAAUUUUCUUAUUGAAUUCCUUAUUGAAAUCUAAAUCCGUAAACGAAAACUCAGUGGAAGAUGACGUAUGAUGUUUACAAACUUAUUAGUUACAGAUAUCGACCAAAAUGAAGGCCGUUACUAAUUAAAGACAAACCGUGAAAUGUGGCUGUAAAAAGGAAUAGGCAAAUGUUGUAUAUGAAUACAGUACUAGCAUUCACCUGUUACAAUGAAUUGCCACAGAUUCGUACCUCAGAGAGAAACUGUGUAUUAUACAUACGCUUAUGAUGAAGGUGUUACAGCAAAUACAAGAUAUACUGUGUGGUUGUUUUUGAGCAGCUCUUAUCAGUAUUUUAACAUGUUAUUGAACUAUUUUUUUCAUAUUUUGUCAUUGUUUUAACUCUGGUUGUGUUUUUACUAUUGUUAAGUGUUAUCACAUUUUGUAAUUGUAUAGACUGUUUCGUUAGAAUGUUGGAUGUACGUGCUAAAUUUGAAUUCUUGAAUGUUAUAUUUUGAGAUAAAUGAUGUGUCGGUAUUAAUGCCCUGUAAAGAUAAGAAAAAGUUUCUUUUCUGAUUAUCUCUCUGUUUUGUGACUUUCAAUUACACUCACAUGAAAUAUCCUUUACUUAGACUUUGUGAAAGGAAUGUGACUAAAAUCAAUUAAGGCUGCACUAGUUUUCCGAUGUUAUAAUCUCGUAAAUCGAUCUGUAGCGUCGACAGGGUAAGCAACUACUAACAUGCAUGCAGAUCAAAAUAGAUUUAUUUGUUUUUGAAUAUCAUAUUACAGACCAUUUUAUUUUGGACAAACGUAAUAUUCUCGAGCACGGAAACAUUAAACUUGUUAAAGCUCUUCGUCAUUGGUCAAAUGUUGUUAAUUUUAAACAUUCGGCUUCGUCUUCGCCUUAAAAAAUAAGAUAAUUCAAUAAGUACAUGUUAUCAAUUUAUAAAAAUCAUAUCAUGUACUAGUAUAUUAAAGUAAUACAAUCUAAAAGAGCUACGAGUAUAUUUGGACUUACCAAGUGUUUGUUACCUUCGUCGUCUCAGUGAAGAAGGAUAUACACCAGUAUCAAUAAUUUUGUUGAGUAUAUAUGUUACAAGAGGAUCAAUAAGAGGCACUUAAUCUGUGAAUUUUCUGUCCAAUAUUAUCAGUGUUCCAAAUGAUUUGUUUACAUCUUAUUUUAAAACUUCCUAUAAAAACUCUUUUACAUGCAUUGGUGGUAUAGUAAAUGUUUGAUGUUAUAGUUCGUUAAAUUGGGUUUUAACAAAUUUGCCAAUAUAAUUGAAAUCUGGUCUCGAUUAUAGACGCAAUAGUUAUUUGCACCUUAUUUUUUUUUUAUACAUGACGAAAAAAAACGUGUUUAAAUUAUCUUCUAUUGUGCUAUUUAUUGUAUAUUAUUAGUGAAAUUCUUGUCUUUUGUGUCUAAAUAUUACAUUCAUGGUGAGAUUUGAACAUUUAGAGUCGGGCUUUGAAAGCGUUUUCGUCAUAUUUAAGAGUCAUUGCAGUCAUGUAUCAUUUUUUUUAAUAAUUAUAUUUAGAGUUCGCUUUGAUUUUAGUUAUAUUUCUCAAAAAAUCUAUACUGGCUACACAAAACAUGUGCAUUAUAUUUAUCUCACAUAUUCCUGGCAUUAAUGAUUUUCCCGUUAUAACAUUCGCAGUGUCUUGUCCUUUUCAACUCUUACGGGGAGGAGGUGUCCAAAACGCCUUUAGACAUAUUAUAAUACAACUGUAGAGACUAAAUGAAUGUCUUAGAAUUUGAUUUUAUACACAGAUGUACUUAGAAGGUCUCAUUAAAUUUCAUUCUGGUUGCAUUUUUUUCGACAUUUCUACGUGUAUUACUAGAUGUAUUCCUUUUGUCUUCGUUUAUUUUUAGGUUCACGCGAUCAGUUAUGUUCCUGCUGCUUUAGACGGGAUAAGACAUAAUCGUCCAAUAUACAGCUUAAUGAUUUUCUUUGAAUAAUUUCCUUGUUUCUAUACAUAUGUUUAUUAUAUUUUGUUUCAUUUCAAGCACUGUUGCUAGUAAUCAAGAUAGAUUGUAUGAAAAAAUGGUACUGUAAAUUGAAUAUAUGAGAUUUUUGAUAAAUAAGUUUGUUCCGGUACGAUUAACGAUAAAAGCGAAAUUAUCGUUCUUCAGUGUGAUUCUGAAAACUAUUCUAUUUUAACGAUAUACCAUAAAUCCUUGUAUGAAUGUAUCCAAGGGUUUGAUGUAGAAGCCCUUUGCCUAAAUAUCAUAACGGAUAUGUUUUUUUUUCUUGUUGUGAUCACAAUGCAUUCCUUAUUUCCUCGAUCGUAUCGUUCUGGAUGCGACUUACCAAUGCAUUUUUACAUACCAUAAAAACACCACUGAUGCCGUUAGUAGAUCAGGAACUGUUUACCGUUCCCGAGCAUCUGGGAUCACCCGCGGCUUAUGUUUUGGUUCCUGUACUUCAGUUUUCUGUGUAAUGUUUUGUUGAUUGAUGUUUGCCGUUAGUCGUUUUACGUUUUUGGUCAAGGUGUUGUCUUUUUGUCUUGGAGUUAUAGUUUUUGAUUGCCACCAUAAUGUUUUCUAUCUUGUUUAAUAAUGUAAUAUCUGUUUUAUGAGUGAAAGAAAUACCUAUUGUUAAACGCCUUAAAAUUAGCUUUUUUAUCACAAUGAUAAUAACAUAAUAUUUCAUAUAUUUUAUAUUGCAUUUUCACUUUAUUUAUCGACAAUUUGUUUAUCACUUAUAUUUAUUCUUCCUGUAUGUAAUGUAUAGUCAUAACUCGGGUACUUAAAAACAAAAAGCCUUUUACAACUAGGUUAUUUCUUAUAAUGAUAUAUAAGGGCGAAUGUAUUGCUUUUCCCUUCAUUAUCUUUUGGUGGAAUUUGUUAAGCAUUCUGUAUUAAGUAUAUGGACAACCCACAACUGUUACAAUAAAUGCAUUCAGAAUAAUUAAUAGAACAAAAUACAAGCAGUUUAUUACAAAUUAGAUAAGAUAAAGUAAAUAUAUGUAAUAUUGAUAAUACAUGAUGACGUUGAAGACCUGAGAUAUGACUAUAUAAAGAUCUUUUAUGUAAUCAUAGGAGGCAAUACUCUCAGUAAACUUCAAAACUGUACAUUCCGAAACCCGACAUUGUUAUUGAAAUGUUUUUAUUGAAUAAAAUUUGCGUUAUUUAACGAAGUUUCAACAACACAAUGAACGAUUUUGGGACAAAGUAACAAACCUUUAUUAUGCCAACUUCUUAUUGGUCGGUUAAUGAAUUUCAAAACUGACAGAAUUCUGAGACUAGUGUUAUUAGUCGGUUAAUGAAUUUCAAAACUGGCAGAUUUCUGAGACUAUUGUAUUGCAAACAAAAUACAAGACGGACGUUACCGACUCAAGAAAAAUAAUAGUUCUUUGUUGUUGACUAAGUGUAUGUAGAGUUUGACAUAUGGAUUGCGAUUAUCCAUAAACCUACCUGAAUGUCUUGAAAGUGAAACACAAUCGACAUUUUCUGGACUGGAAACAAAUAGGGGACUUAUAUCUUUUACAUAGAAAGGGGGAUCGUGUGAGGUUUUUUUAAUUCAGUAGGGUGUAAUAUUCUUUUGGGUCGUAUAAAGGCGACAUUUAAGACAAAAACAGCAGCGUGUUCACUUGUAUUGUAAUGCAUAAAAACUAACUAAAGUGAUAUGGGGUUUACAUAAAUGAUAUCAGACUGAUAUAAAAGGGGAACCACUCAAAAAACCAUAAGGUUAAUCAAAGCACGUACAGUAUCGAUAGAAUAAUAUUACAGGGGAAUAAUGUUUUUGGUAAUUUUUAACAAA